AUGGCCUCGGAUCGGGAUGUGCUGCCAGACAACGUCAAGCCGACCAACUACAAUAUCUCCCUCUUCGACCUCCAGACCUCCGCACCAUGGACCUACCAAGGCAAGGUCGAUCUCGACCUCCAAAUCAACAAGCCCACCACGAGCGUGAUCCUCAACACCCACCAGCUCAAACUCCACUCGGCCUCAAUUACGGUAGAAAGCGGCAAGCAUGGCUCCGCAAUCAAGAGCAGCGACAUCUCCUACGACACCAAGAACCAACGCUGCACCAUCUCGUUCGACCAAGAGCUGCCCCAGGCGAAGAAGGCCGUGCUGUCAAUCGAGUUUGAGGGGACGAUGAACAACCACAUGGCAGGCUUCUACCGGUCAAAGUACAAGCCCGCUGUUGAGCCUGCGAAGGGCGUGGCCAAAGAUGAAGACGGCCACUACAUGUUCUCCACCCAAUUCGAGAGCUCAGACGCCCGUCGCGCCUUCCCCUGCUUUGACGAGCCCAACCUCAAAGCCACGUUCGACUUCAGCAUAGAGAUUCCAGACGACCUUUGUGCGCUGAGCAACAUGCCGGAGAAGGAGACUCGCAAGAGCAAAGACGGUCAUAAGAUCGUUUCUUUUGAAAAGUCGCCGGUCAUGUCGACGUACCUGCUGGCCUGGGGCUUUGGCGACUUCGAGUAUGUUGAGGACUUCACGAGGCGCAAGUAUAAUGGCAAGGCUCUGCCGGUGCGAGUGUACACGACACGAGGGUUGAAGCAGCAGGGGAUGCUGGCUCUUGAAAGUGCACAUCAGAUCGUUGAUUACUUCUCAGAGAUCUUCGGGAUAGACUACCCGCUGCCCAAGGUCGACUUGCUGGCUGUUCAUGAAUUUUCACACGGCGCCAUGGAGAACUGGGGUCUCAUCACCUACCGUACCACCGCUGUCCUCUUCGACGAGUAUGCUUCCGAUCAGAAGUACCGCAAUCGCGUGGUAUAUGUUGUCGCACACGAGCUUGCCCACCAGUGGUUCGGCAACCUCGUCACGAUGGACUGGUGGAAUGAACUCUGGCUCAACGAGGGCUUCGCAACUUGGGUCGGCUGGUACGCUGUCGAUCACCUUCAUCCGGACUGGAACGUUUGGGGACAAUUCGUUACAGAAAGCAUGCAGAUGGCCUUCCAGCUCGACUCGCUACGAACAAGCCAUCCAAUCGAAGUGCCUGUACGGAAUGCACUCGAGGUGGACCAGAUCUUUGACCACAUCUCGUAUCUGAAAGGCAGCUCCGUCAUCCGCAUGCUGGCGAGUCAUUUGGGUGUUGAGACGUUCUUAAAGGGUGUGUCGGACUACCUGAAGGCGCAUACGUACGGCAAUGCGAAGACGAACGAUCUUUGGGCGGCCCUGAGCAAGGCCUCUGGCAUGGAUGUGACGACUUUCAUGGACCCAUGGAUCCAGAAGAUCGGCUUCCCUGUUGUUACCGUGGCUGAAGAACCUGGCCAGAUCAGCGUCAAGCAGUCCCGUUUCUUGACUUCUGGUGAAGUGAAGCCUGAUGAGGACCAGACGGUGUGGUGGAUUCCGAUGGGUCUGAAGACUGGCGCACAAGCAACUGAUGCGAAGCGCGAGGCUCUUACCGAGAAGGAAGAUACCUACCGAGACAUCGAUACGAGCUUCUACAAACUCAACGCAGACCAGACAGGCUUCUACCGCACCAACAUGCCGCCGCAGCGACUCGUGCAGCUCAGCAAAUCGCUGGACAAGCUUUCCGUGACGGACAAGAUUGGUCUGAUCGGCGAUGCUGGAGCCAUGGCUACUGCUGGCGAAGGUACUACAACGGGUUUGCUCUCUUUCCUGGAAGCCUUUCCGGCUGAGGACAACUACUUGGUGUGGUCUGAAGUUCUGUCAAGUCUGGCCAAAGUCCGCUCGACGUUCUCCUCCGACGAGCAGGUGUCCGAAGGUCUUCGCAAGUAUUCCUUGAAGCUCACCACAGAUGCAGUUGAGAAGAUUGGCUGGGACUUCCAAGCCAAGGACGACUACCUGACCGGCCAGCUGCGCGCAUUGCUCCUCUCCUCAGCUGGUCUCGCCGGCCACGAGAAGACCGUCGCCGAAGCCCAGAAGCGCUUCAAAUCGUUCAUGGACGGCGACAAGAAGGCCAUUCACCCUUCGCUCCGCGCAGCAGUCUUCAAGAUCGCCAUCAAAAACGGUGGCAAGGAAGCCUACCAAGCGGUACAAAACGAAUACCUUACCACCACCUCGGUCGACGGCAAAGAGAUCACCCUGCAAUCUAUGGGUCAGGUCCAAACGCCCGAGCUCGCACGCGACUAUCUCGACUUCGGUUUCGCGAAGGUCGCUACACAAGACCUGCACUCCGUCGGCAUGAGCUUAUCCAACAACGCCAAAACCCGCCUCACAGUCUGGGAGUACACGAAGGCCAACUGGCCGAUGAUCCGCGAGCGCAUGGGCGGCAACAUGGUCGUGCUGGAGCGUUUCCUGCGCACGUGUCUGCAGAAGCAUGCGAGUUUCGAGGUGGAGAAAGAUAUUGAGUCGUUCUUUAAGGAUAAGGAUAAUGAGGGGUAUGAUCGGGGUUUGGCGGUGGUUAGUGAUACGAUUAAGGGGAAUGCGCGGUAUAGGGAGAGGGAUUUGGAGGUUGUGCGGGAGUGGUUGGGGGCGAAUGGGUAUGUGAAAUGA